AUGCUUACAGAUAUGAUUGAGGUGGAAGAAUUCGAAAUUAAGGAGGAAGAACCUUGGUAUGACAACCAGGACCUUGAGCAUGGUAAAUAUGAUGAUUCUAUCCAUGAUGACCGAGACUGUGAAAGCGCGGGCUCACCUGUGCUGUGCGUAUCAAAUGAGCGCUACAACCUGGCAGUGACUACAAUUUGACACUCAGGCAGCGUUAGGCUAAUAAUUUAUUUUCAAGCAGGUGUGGAAUCAAUGAGCGCUUGGUGCACCCCCUCUUUCAUAGUGCAGGUGUCACUAACGAAUGUACUUUACAGGACACAUCGGUAGGUUUAACUCUAACCUACUAAACACUGUUGGAUUUCAGCCAAAUAUUUCAAGGUUAUCUCAAGCAGAAUUGGCACACCCGAUGCUAUCAUUCCACUGCCACGGAUGUAACCAACCAUUUGAAACAAUGCAUCCUUUGUCUUAGAUUUUCUACACAUUUGUAAAUGUUCUUCUCUGCAUGUAUUCUCCCGUGGGCAGAUUCUGCGUGUAGACCAAGAGUACCUGCUAUCCGGGCCCCUUGGGACGUCUCUACCCCAUUGCAGUUGAAAUGUUAAAUGGUUAAGGGUAGGGACGUAUACCAAGGGAGUUAAUUACGCGUUUGACCAAAUUAUACGAUAUUUUAUUUAUGGGUUACCACCAUAGAGAAUGAUAGAGGCCUCUAGUGGCCAAAAGGCUGUAUUAGCAUGAGCAGCGCCAUUGAGGAUUCCACCAUUUUUAUGUGUAGUCAACUGGUUGGGACUUCCAACUUCAUUGGCUGAUCCCUCCUGGUGACCCUGUUGGAGUCAUGUCCCACCGGGUCAUCAGGAGGGAUCAGCCAAAUGUCCCACCGGGUCAUCAGGAGGGAUCAGCCAAAUGUCCCACCGGGUCAUCAGGAGGGAUCAGCCAAAUGUCCCACCGGGUCAUCAGGAGGGAUCAGCCAAAUGUCCCACCGGGUCAUCAGGAGGGAUCAGCCAAUCGUGAAGAAAACUGACUACUUCAAAAUGGAGAUUGCCUCAAUGGCGCUGUCACAGGCACAAUAAUGGCACAGAUCCAAAGAUGAGUCCUCUAUCGUCUAUGGUUAACACACCCUUAGCGGAGUUUCCAACAACCAGAUGCAUACGGUUUUCAAGGCAGCUAAAUUCAACCUACAGUAGCUUUCUUUUCCGCUGAAAACCAGAUGUGGGCAGACUCUUUUACGCAUGCUGCAGAGAUUACUUUGCAUAUAAUAAGGUUUUAUUCCACAAAUUUGCAUUGUUCAAGAUCUUUCAUUGACUAUUUAUUAAUUAAUUCUGGAAUAGAACUAUAAGGAAAGGAAAUCAGGAAAUAUAUAGUGGUGCUCUCUAGAUUAGAAGAUAUUCAGUUUAUAUUUCAUGCUCAGAGAUAAACUCCCCAUCACACAUCCUGUAAAUGAGAGACCGUUUCACAACGUAUGGCCCUGUGUACCUCAGUUGGUAGAGCAUGGUGCUUGCAACGCCAGGGUUGUGGGUUUGAUUCCCACGGGGGGCCAGCAUGAAAAAUGUAUGCACUCACUAACUGUAAGUCGCUCUGGAUAAGAGCGUCUGCUAAAUGACUAAAAUGUAUGAAUUAGGCCACAGUGAUGAAGGUAGACAUAUUCUUUACCUUUCUGAUUGUAAAUGUCCUGACUUAGGUCAAAUAGACUAAAUAUCUCAAAUAUAUUAGAGGUGCGCUUGAUUUAUCCCUUUUGGGACCAUGAUCCAUCGGUUCCAUUGUAGGCAAACUACUGUAAAUCAAGGGCAGCACAAGUAACAUGUAUUUGACCCACGAACCCAGGUAGGAUGUCUGCAAGAUAGAUUUAUCCACCUAACAUUGAGAAUUGAGGCACAGACACAGCCAUAGAUGCACUAGGUGUCUCUGCCAGUUCUUGUCACACCAAUGGCUGCAUCUUUGCCCAAUCUUUCAUUUGAUAAGUCAUUUAUAGAACCUCUUCUGUGAUCUCUCUUUCCUCCCAUGCAGACCUCCACCUGGCUGCUGAGCUGGGGAAGACCCUGCUGGACAGGAACAGUGAGCUGGAGCAGGGUCUUCAGCAGAUGUACUCCACCAAUCAGGAACAGCUACAGGAGAUAGAGGUAAGGGUUUUAACCAAUCAGGCUGUAGCUACAAGGGUAGCGGUAACUCGGUUUGACCAAUCAGAAGUCAGUGUACAGCUAUAGGUGCUUUCGGAGAGUUAUUGUAGUGUUUGCAGGCUUUUCUUCUAGCUCAGCACUAGCACACUAUCCAGGUAAUCAAGCACUAGUUGACGAACCUGAGGCCUUUCUGUUAGGCUACAGUCUGUUAGGCUACAGUCUGUUAGGCUGUCUUUCUGUUAGGCUGUCAUUCUGUUAGGCUGUCUUUCUGUUAGGCUACAGUCUGUUAGGCUGUCUUUCUGUUAGGCUACAGUCUGUUAGGCUGUCUUUCUGGUAGGCUACAGUCUGUUAGGCUGUCUUUCCGUUAGGCUACAGUCUGUUAGGCUCUCUUUCUGUUAGGCUACAGUCUGUUAGGCUGUCUUUCUGUUAGGCUACAGUCUGUUAGGCUGUCAUUCUGUUAGGCUACAGUCUGUUAGGCUGUCUUUCUGGUAGGCUACAGUCUGUUAGGCUGUCAUUCUGUUAGGCUGUCAUUCUGUUAGGCUGUCAUUCUGUUAGGCUACAGUCUGUUAGGCUGUCUUUCUGUUAGGCUACAGUCUGUUAGGCUGUCUUUCUGUUAGGCUGUCAUUCUGUUAGGCUGUCAUUCUGUUAGGCUGUCAUUCUGUUAGGCUAGUCUGUUAGGCUGUCUUUCUGUUAGGCUGUCUUUCUGUUAGGCUGUCAUUCUGUUAGGCUGUCAUUCUGUUAGGCUGUCAUUCUGUUAGGCUACAGUCUGUUAGGCUACAGUCUGUUAGGCUGUCAUUCUGUUAGGCUAGAGUCUGUUCCUUGCGUGUUGAAAACAAGAGAAACUCACCUCAGAUUUGUGCUCCUUUAAUUCCUAAAUCAAAUCAAGUGUUCCAGAUUGACAAAAGGCAGGCUACCAUUAAUUUACUUUGGAGCAGAGAUUAGAGGGUCGGAUCCAGGUUGAUUGAUUACUUAAUCUCUCUGCUGGACCUGUUGUUUACCAUGGGUCCAUGUAGGGUAUGACCCUAGAAGCACAAAGGUAAUGGAAUAGAAUGGGAAAUGUAUAAUGCAUACGUUUUGACUGAAAUGGUUUUGUCAAGACAAGGCUGCAAAAUCUAUAUUCCAAUCCUUGUCUUUGUUUUUCGAUACUAUAAAGCCCCAAAGAACAAGUGUUUACACGGUCCUUCGUUUAGUUUUUCCGUGUACAGGAUUACAACACCACCAUUAUCAAACAGUAGAGGAACCGUGGGGAUCUCACUCCUUUGAAAACAGCAUACCUCAUUGCUUUUCACCUUGUUCAGUGAACUUUAAGAGGACCAGGAAAGAUAAAGACGGCCCAUAUCAGUUGUCCUCUUUUUUUUUUCUGACAUACCUUUGUACCAAAACGCUCACAUUGCCACCAUUGAAUUGUUGUGACUCCAAGUAACUAUAGAUUAAAUAGCCUCUCAAUGCUAGAGAAUCUAAAUAUUUAACCAGUUAAGUUGUAUUUAAAUAUCACAUUCACAGUCUUUGUGGUUUCUCUCUUAUAUCACUAGUGAAACCAUCUUGUAUGGUCAGCAGCAGCCACUUACUUCCAUAUGAGCUCUGGAUUUAAUUUCCCUGAGUAGGGUCAACUCCUAAAUCCUUCCCCUCGUCUCUGAAACUGCUGACUGACAGAAUGAAUCUCUCUAACGGUGCCAUCCAUUUCAUGAUCUGACUGCAUGUAGAAACGGCACAGGAGGAAGCUGAUGCUGUGAAUUAUAAUGUUAUCUUCCCUAUAGGAGAACAUUGGCCUCUCUCACUCUAGGAAAAACACUAUAGAUAAUUGCCACUUUUUCAUAAUUUUAUGAUUAACCUUCAGAAUUCCAAAGAAUACGUUGUUAUGUAAGUGAAUAGCAUCACAAGAUAAUGCACAGCUCCAAUGUAUUAUUGUAGUAUUGGUUUGGAUUGGUGUUUUGCUGUGGCUGAUCAGGAUCUUAAUGAGCUUAAGGUUCACAGCAUUCUCCAUAGAUAGAACUGUUAUGUCUAUGGCAUUCUCCCUGUUUCACACUGAUAAGAUAAACUGUUCUAUUGUCUAUUUAUUUAAAUAAAAUAAUAAUAAUAAAAAUAAAUGUAUGCACUCACUAACUGUAAGUCGCUCUGGAUAAGAGCGUCUGCUAAAUGACUAAAAUGUAUGGCAUUCUCCCUGUUUUACCCUGAUAAGAUAAACUGUUCUCAAAGGAAAAGGGCAGAGCGAGAGAAGAGAGGGAAGAUGGAGAGAAAAGAGUAUGGGGGAGAAGGAGAUAAACGAUGUGUGAGGGAGAGAUAGUUAUGUUAUCCCAGCACCACUGUGCUCAUGUCUUUAGCACCUCAGUCUGAAUCAUCAUGUCUUUAGCACCUCAGUCUGAAUCAUCAUGUCUUUAGCACCUCAGUCUGAAUCAUCAUGUCUUAAUAAGAAGAGCCUGACCUUUUACUUUGUGUUGGUGCCGUUCUACAUUCCUCAGGAGUCGGCAUCUCACCAGAGGUGUUGCGCUCUUACAAAUGCUCAUUUAGACAGCGCAGACGCUAGUACAGACAUGUUGCUCGCAAAGCAAUAAUAGUCGCACAGCUAGGAGGUAGUUGUCAUUUGAUUCUGGCAAGUUUGAUCUCGUUCAUGGUUGGACAAGCAACCGAAGUAAAUCAUGUGUAUGCCUUGAAUCUAGUGGCUUAAAACCAAUCGUAUUGACUUGAACAAGUACAUGGUGUAAUCUUGAUUCAACGUAAAAUUGUGAAGUUGAAGUGGGGUUAUGUGAAGUUGAAGGUGGGUUAUGUGAAGUUGAAGGUGGGUUAUGUGAAGUUGAAGGUGGGUUAUGUGAAGUUGAAGGUGGGUUAUGUGAUGAUAUUGAGUACUGUUUUCUACUCCUCUAUAUUCCUUCUCCAGUACCUGACUAAGCAGAUGGACCUCCUGAGGCAGGUGAAUGACCAGCAUGCUAAGGUGUACGAGCAGCUAGACCAGUCUUCCAGAGAGCUGGAGCAAAGCAACACCCGCCUGGUACAGGACAACCGGGCCGCCCAGCACAAGAUCCAGGGGUAAGCCUGUUGUUGGGUUGAAAGCCUGAGGCUGUGUCCCAAUUCUUCACCCUUCUCGUGCACUUUCUCACAUGGAUCUAACAAUGGUGGAAACUCCCUCCAGCCUAUGCUUAUGCAAAUCCUAUGCAUCUAAAUCCAUGGUGAGUUGGAGAAUCGGGACACAGUCUUUCUCCAGAGAAUAGAGAUGGAAUGGUAAACAUUGUGUGUUGGUGAGAGGAGAGCUAAAUGUGUGAGGAUUCUUUUCUGUCUCUUUUCAGGCUGACAGAGAUGAUCGAGGCUCUGCAGACCCAGAUGGAGGAUCUUCAAUGUCAGGUCGAAAAUUUGAAGACCGCCCCUGCCAAUCCCCAUAGGCAACCCCUUACAGAGUCAUAUCGGCCCUACGGGGCGCAGAGUGUGUCCUGUCUGAAUGACCUGCAACCCACACACAGGUGAGAUCACAGCACUCAGCAACCCACACACAGGUGAGAUCACAGCACUCAUGAAAUACACAGAUAACCCACACAACACACCAAUUUAGAUCUGGACAAUCUGUACUGUUCAUUGAACCCCCUACUUUAACAAGUGGGCCAGCACUGGUCUGUCAAAGAUAGAAUCGGUGCUAUCCUCUUACUGGAGCUGGUGUCUAGCUACUCUCUGUUACUUCCUGUCUGAACUCUCCUCUACCCUCUCUCCUUCACCUAAUUUUCUGACGUUAUAUAAAGCUAUAUAGAUCAGUCGGGUCUGCAUGGGGUUAAAUGGACAUGGCACAAUAAGGUCAGAUUCAUCAAAUGGAAAAUUACGCUCAAUUGAUUAACAUUUUAUGCGUUUAGAGCUCAAUAGCUUGUGAAUUAUUCAUUGUUUUUAAGCUGCAAAUUGAUAUUUUUUUGUUGUUGAAAAUACGUAGAGAAGACUAGCCCACCUGAAGUUGCCAUUAGUUCUGUUCUAGAUGGCCUAAGGCCCUAAGCCCUACUCUAGAUGGCAUUCAUUCCUCUUGGCCCUGCUCUAGCAGUGUGAUUUGUCUCUGUCUCUGUGUUACCUCUCUUGCCGUACACCACUGCUGGUUAAGGAGACUAGUACCACUGCUGGUUAAGGAGACUAGUACCACUGCUGGUUAAGGAGACUAGUACUACUGCUAGUAUUCUAGCCCUCUUCCUGCCCUCUGCGGCCAUAGCAGUUCAGACUGUGUAAUCCAGUUAGGUCUUGGCCCCUCCUUUAAUCCAGGUCAAAGCUCGUAGGUCACUGAUGAACACACACGCCAAGCAGACUAUAGUACUCUCUCCCUACUGACUUCACUGAACCGUGGUCACAGUUGUCACCCAAAGGUCAUAGUCCACUCGUAAGGACACUCAUCUCUGCCCUGCACUAAAGAUCACUCCUGAUUAGUCUGUUUGAUACAAGAUGUCUUGCUACCAAUUCAUAAAACGGAUGCUUGAAUAACUUGUUGGCAGCUUAUCAGUAACUUGAUAAGACUAAUUAGGUGUGUAAGUGCUGGUCUGGACUGGAACAAAAGUUGUUUCCCAAAAAAUAACGUUUGAUUUUCCUCUGACCCCUCCCAGAUACUCGAGUUACGACUCUGGCGACCAAUCUGAUGACCGCUGGUCUCCAUCUGACCUCUCGUGGCGGGAGGAGGAGCAGGAGUCGCUACGGCGAUCGCUCCGCUCCCUACAGACCCAGCUGGUCAAUGAACGUGCUCGGAGGGAGGGGGCGGAGCGAGAUGCAGACCUGCUAGCCAAUGAGAAUGUGGCGCUGGAACAGCGCCUGGGAAUGAUGGAGGGGUGCCAGGUGAGGAAGAGAAGCAACACACACACAGAAUAAUUUCAAGCCAAUGCAAUCUGUUUGCUCCUUCUGUAUGUAGUGAAAUGGUAAAGUAAAGAGUUACUGAAUCCUCUCUCUCUCUCUCUUCCUCCUUCUCUCUCUCUUCCUCCUUCUCUCUCUCUGACUCUCUGUCUAGGCCAGACUAGCGGAGCUGGAGUGUGAGGCUGAGGAGCUUCGUCAGCUGUGGAGAGCCAACCAUGCCACCAAAGCUUCGAGGUCAAGGGUCAGCCUGACAAUGCUGCCCAAUACCCUCUUCUUCCCCCUGAACCAGGAGAGGGGGAUAGGGGAGGAUGGCGAGAGCGAGGGAGACGUGAUGGACGUCAGCUACCUUUCCAAGCUGAAAGGUUGUGACGUCCUGAAGCGAUGCAACAGCGAGAAGCAGCUGAGGUCACCGUGGGAUGAGGGGUCAGAGGUAGACGAGAGUCAUGACCACGAGCGUUCGUGCAUCCGCCGUUCAGAGGUGGUGAAGCAGCGUGGGAUCUCCCUCCUCAACGAGGUUGACGCUCAGUACAGCGCUCUGCAGGUAAAAUAUGAUGCGCUGCUGCGGCUCUGCCACCAGGGGCAGCCAGACCCAAGUCAGCAGCACAACCACAAGGAGGUCCAGACGCCCAGCGGAGCCCCCUCUGACUGCCCACAAAGCCCAGCCCCAGCCUCCCUUCGCAAGGCUGCAGGCACAGACAUGAAGGGCCAGGAGGAUGAACUUCACCAGCCUGACUACAAGGCCCUGUUCAAGGAGAUAUUUACCUGCAUCCAGAAAACCAAAGAGGACCUGAGUGAGAACAGAGGAAAGCCCUGGCAGUUGGAGUAG